UCAGCUUGGGUCGGUUCACUCUACAUUGCACUCUCCUGGGUUUUUGGACCAUUGGUAAACCGUCUGGUUAAACGUCUCGGAUUUAGAAUCACAGCCAUAAGUGGGUGUCUUAUAAUUUCGAUCAGCUUUUGCGUAAGCUCGUUCGAGGACAAUAUUUGGCUUUUCCUUAUUUUAUUCUCGGUAAUUGGAGGAUUGGGUUCAGCAAUGUCCUACCACUGCAGCGUUCUAGUUGUUUUAGGACACUUUGUGAAAUGGCGUUCUCUUGUAGUUGGAAUAACAGCGUCGUCAUCAAGUGUAGGCAUGUUCGUCGUGACGCAAAUCACCGAGGCUCUUCUUUCAAAUUAUGGAUUCAAAAACGCCCUCAGAGGUUGGGCUAUCUUGUUUUUCCUGGCGAUCCCACUGGCCUACUCUUACGACUCAAAAUCGGAUGUUACUGUAGGUACCAUCAAAAGAAAUGAUGACGGAUCCGAACAAGGUUUCGAAGCCACUCACUCACCAAGCCUUUCGCGAAAUGGGCACUUCAUCGUUUAUCUUUUCUCGGUUACCUUGGUGUUCUUUGCCGUGCCUACGCUAUCAAUUUUCCUGGUAAGAUGUGAAUUAACUAAAUUUUAUUGUUAUACAAUCAAUUCUAACUUUAAAUACACGUCUCUGAAACAGUCAUCUAGAGUUGAUCCCCUUCCCGCAAUACGAUGGAUUUACGGGGAAUUCGAGGAGGAAGAGAAUUUGUUUUAAUAAAAAUAUUAAUUCUCCGUUUUUCAGAAUCAAUUUAACAAUUUUUCCUCCUUCCCAUUAUACCCCCGCGUACGUAGUAAUCUUUCUAAAACAUAGAGUGUUUUCACUCACGUGGCCAGCAUCUAUGCAAAUUUAUUGGAACAAAAGAAAGCGUUUGCAUAAGAAAAGAGUUCAAUUCGCACAAGGUUGGCUUGGGACACCAACAUGGCCGCCGUUUCAUUGUCUUGGGACACCAAUAUGGCCGCCGUGACGUCAUGUGAAAACACUCUAUACCCCAUAUAUUCUCUAACCCUAUAUUAAUCCUUAGAUCACCUCAUGGCGACUUUUUCUGUCACUGCAACGAUUAACGUAACGCACUCUUCUGCAAAUGAUCGACUUUUCACCAUCUAUAUUCUAUAAAUAUGUCAGAUCUGUAUAAUCGCCAACUACUAAAAUAUUGGUUGUUUCCGUCUUUCUUUCUAGGUGAAAUUUUGUGAGAGUGAACUUGGCAUUUCAAGGCAACGAGCCUCCAUGCUAUACAUCUACAUGGCGAUCGCCUUCUUUUUUAGCAACCACUUGUUCUGCAAGCUUAGUGAAUUCAAAUUCUUCAACAUAUUUGAUCUUUAUCAAUUUUCAACGACAUGUCUUGGCGUCUGCUUGCUUCUGUUACCCGUGGCAACAUCUUACAAAGCUGUGGUGGUGUUAUCUGUUAUGUUUGGUCUCAUGGAUGGUGGAAGAUACGGUUUAAUGCCACUGAUAGUGUUAACAUGUGUAGGACAGAAGUCAGCUGACCAAGCUUGGGGUUUUGUCGCAUUCUCUGUGGGUCUUUCUAGUGCCAUAGGUCCUGUUAUAACAGGUAAGUUAUAUCUCCUUCAAGCGUUUACUCAAUAA